AUAGUUAGGUCGUCUGUACGAUGUGCUAAACUCCGGCCGGGAUGUUCCUUAUUUAGAUGUUUCUCUAAUUAGAUUUUCUUGAGUAGCUAAAAUAAAGGCCGAAACCAGUGCUUUUACAAAUCCAAGGGGUGGAGUUGUAUUUCGGAGGACCGAUUAAAUACCUCCUAAAACACCAAAAAAAGGGGCCGGAGAAUCACGGGAUCAACUGGCGAUGGACACAUCAUUAUGCGGCCGAUACAGGCGUUAAGAUAGGGUGAGUGUCUUUGGUCGCUUACUAACUUAUUGUGGGAGUUGUAUGUUCAAUGGAAGUCUAUCAGUAAACUAAUUACUGACUUGAUCAGUAAAGACGCCAUACCCCUAUCUCUACGUGAGCUAGACUUAUACAUGAGUAAUCACCUAUCUACCUCUUGUAUAUAAUCCGUCGUGCGUUCGUCAUCAAGAUGGAAUUUAGUCUGCAGAAACAACCACACACUUGCAGCUGCAUGCAAAGCGCACCUUAAACCCGGGUGUGCAACCAUAGAUCAUCGGCAUAUUGUCAACCAUACUGAAGGUACAUUUGUGCUUAUAAGACGGCUGUUGUCUAUAAAAUCCUUCGAUUAAAAACCCUGUUGCUCGCCGCUACUCAAGUUGACUACGUUCACCAAGACUACUUUACUCACACACACCUCCUUAACUAUCUGCCGAACCUUGCAAAUACCCCUUUAUCAACUUAAACAUGGCUGCCCCUCAGAAAAAAGGCACUAUUCUCGUCACCGGCGCUGGUGGCUACGUCGGUGGACAGAUCGUCAGGGAGGCCUUGGAGUCCGGGUAUAAUGUACGUAUUACGGCGCGUACAGAGUCUUCCGCGGCCCGUACUAUCUCUCACUACCCCUCCUAUGCCGCUUCUCUUUCUUCUACCAUCGUCCCAGACAUGACGGUCCUUGAGUCCUACGCCGCGGCUUUCGCAGACGGGUCUAUCGAGGGCAUCAUCCACUCGGCGUCGCCCCUGAACCUUAAUCCUCAGGACAACGUUCGCGACCUCCUUGACCCCGCUACCAAGGGUGCGACGACUAUCCUCGAGGCCGCGCUGAAGUACGGCGGCGGUAAGGUCCGGCGCAUAGUGUCGACCAGCUCGUUUGCUGCCGUCGUGGACCCGGAGAAAGGCACGCGGCCGGGCCACACUUACGACGAGAAGGAUUGGAACCCCGUGACGUGGGACUUGGCGGUCAAGGCCCAGACGGUCAUCGCGUACGCGUCUAGCAAGGCGCUCGCCGAGCGCGCCAUGUGGGCGUGGAUAGACGCCCACCCGGACGCUAGCUUCACGCUGGCGACUAUCUGCCCGCCGUGGGUAUUCGGGCCGUACGCGCACGAGCUCUCGAACACGGCGACGAUAAGCGAGUCGGUCGUGCUGCUCAACAAUAUCAUCGACAGCCCGUGCGUCCCGCCCUUCGACUUCGGCGGCUACGCCGACUCCCGCGAGGUGGCGGCCGCGCACAUCCGGGCCCUGGAAGUCCCGGAGGCGGCUGGGCAGCGCUUCCUCGUCGGCCAGGACUUCCGGUACCAGGCGGCGGUGGACGCGGCGCGGGAGGCGCUGCCGGAGGCUCGCGAACGCCUGCCGGUUGGGAAGGUGGGGGAUUGGUCGCCGGAGGAGGCGUACCGUGUUGAUGGGUCUAAGGCGACUAGGGUGUUGGGGCUGAAGUAUGGGACUUUGAAGGAUACGGUUGUUGAGACUUAUAAGGAGUUGUUCAGGGCUAGGGCGUUAGAGGCUAAGGCGUAG